GAGAACUAAUAGAAUAAAUCGGAGGCAAACAUGGACCGAGUCUGUCAGUUACACUAUUAGUCGAUACAAGCUUGCUGCGUGCAUAGGCCAAAGCAAACAUACCAUCGCGAUAGCUUGGAACACAAGAUCGUGGCUAAGAGAGGAGAAGACCAUUGAGUGUAGGAGGCAAAAAAAAAUUAUAUUUGUUACAAGAUUUUUCUUAGAUUUUUAAGUCAUACAGAGUUGACUGAUACACUUUCAGUGUGCAAACCAGCUGAGUUUUAAAUAGAGCGAAAUCUGUUCCACACCAAGAAACUUAAGGUAAAGCUUUUGUUCUUUGUUGUUGUUUUUAAAAUUUAAAUAUUUGUUAUUUGUGUACCUUUAUUACGGUAAAGUGGUGUUAAGAAUUCAGUUACAUUUACGUAAAAUGAUAUUCAGAAUUCAGCUAAAUUGAAGUUUCCUGAAUCUUAGCUACACACUGGACGGAUAAAGGAAAAAGACGAAUUUUCCAUCAUGUGUCAUCAUCACGAGCUCCAGUUCUUUGUCCGAAGAGUCUGAUUAUCAUGGAUGAGACGUAGAGUUCGAAGAAAGACGGAUCAAGCCAACACGCGUCAGCCUUUGCUAGUCAAAUUUCUUUAACUUAAAACGUACAAGGGGCUGCUCCUUUCUUUAAAAAAAAAAUGAAUAAAAAUAGAUUUAAUACUACUAUUAAGGUUAUUGUUACCAAAAUAUGUAUUUCGUACUGUGACAAAAACAAUAAACAUGUUAUUCAACUUGCAGGUGAAUUAAACAUGACGGAAUCGUUGACGGCGUGCUUACUUGUCUUUGUGACAAUAACCUGCUUUAGUGAGACGAUAACAGGGGCAUCAGUGGAAACACAUUUUUGCCAAAACACGACAGCAGGUAAAGUUUGAUUUUUUGCACUAAUCAGACGCGUUGGCGAUAUUGUAGUGAAAUAUGGUAUCACAAUUAAUACUUUUUUUUCCAUGUAUGUAUGGCUUUAACGAAGUGUUCGAUAGGCGCGUAAAAAUAAAAUUCACCGAAUUUAUGGCUUAUUGCGAUUUGUAUAAAAUGUGUUGCUUGAAUGCAUUUCUUCUCAAGUAAAUAUAGUUGAUUGGAAGUUCACGUAUUGCCACCGCCAUUGUUUUGCGGGCUUUUUCUAGCUAAAUUAUAUUAUGAUUAUGUUGUUUUGUUUCUUUUUUUAUUAUUUAAAAAAACAAUAUUCCAGGCUCGUCCUGAAAAGGAAUGAGUAAAUAAUAAUCGAUGCAGUUACGCCAAGUCAUGAACAGCACUAAUUACGAACUAUUUAAUUUACCCAUAACUGUCAUAUAAUUUUUUUAUAUAUUUUUCUAAGUUGCAAUAUGAAGUCUUUUGUUGCCGUUCCGUUAACCUUAGAAAAGAAUCUUGCUAUCGCUUUAAAAAAAAAGUGAAACAUCCAUUUAAGAAAACAACUCUUUGAACAGCUAACAUUAAAUGGCGAUCGUAAUAUGUAGAGAGGUCUUUUGAAUUGGCUGAUUGGGGAUUAAACCAAUAUUUUAUGACAUAUUUAUGUGUGUAGUAAAAUAUUAAAAAAAAAUAAAUAAAACUGGCAACGGUCCCUGAUGCAUUGGCAAACUUCUCCAGCGGUCAUCAAACCUCAAAAUUUGUGGAAACACGGGAAUAUAAUAUUAUCCCAAGGAGAGAAAUUAUGAAAUUAGGGUUUAAGGACAAAUGGCAAUUGCUAUGUCACACAGCCAUCAUUACUUCAAAAAUAUUUGAAUGAUAAUAUUGGUGGAAGAUUAUAUAUGAAGUCUUUAUACGCCACAGAACUUUAAAAAAUUGCAUGUCCUAAAUGCUAAAUUUGAUUUGAACAUAUAACCCAGAUUUGUAAAAUGUGUGGGUGAUCGUGAGAACCAUUUUUAAUGGUUCGUUGCACUUUUGUAUUGAGCUAAGCCAGGGGUCGGGAAGCUGCUUAUCGCGAGCCACAUGUGACUCUUUGACCCUUAUCAUGUGGCCCUGGAAAUUCAGUACGUACUAGAUCAAAAUUAAAGAUAUGUCUCUUUGACAUGGAAAAUGUACCCCAACACCGGUAUCAACUGAACCACAAAGCUCCUGGUUUCAGAAUAUUUGAGAAAUACUUUUGUAAGUAGAACUUGGAGUUUCUAUUAUAAUAUUGUUAAAUAUGUGACACAAGAGCCUGUAAUAAAACACAGAAUCUCUCAAAUACAUUCCCCAUCACAAAAAUGUGUUUGCUUCAAAUCAGCUCACCACACUAACUCCCACCCACAAACACACAAAAACACUUACACAUAAAUAUAUUAUUAAAUAAGAGAUACUUUCGUUGACUUCCGCUUUUUAUAAUGUUUAGCCACAUUCUUAUCGUAGUAAUACGAUAUGGUUUGCCUUAAGUGGUGAGGUGUCGAUAAUGAAUAUGAUUUUAAACACACACAAAAAAUGUUGUUGUUUUUUUGAUGCAUGUGUUCCUGGGGUUGUGUAGUGUUGAAGAGAGAUAUUUCAGACCAACGGAAAUUCGUGGAUCUAAAGAUCUGGGUAGUUCAAGGACAGUGUUUGGGAUGUGCAAAGGUCCAACGACAUUGCGCGUGUUGUUUGUGUUUCGAUGGACAGUCACUUAGACACAAUUUACACAUCAUUAGUCAGAAGAUGAACUUGCAACGGCGCUGGGCUGCGCGGGGACUUACGACGCCGCUAAUCAACGCCUAUUCAGACAUGUGUCUCUUCUCUUACAAAAGGGAUAUGCCCCUGGAUGUCGAUUUUAUCUGACUGCUCUUACACGACCUUAUGUAGCCGACGUCACGCCACGCGAGAGUUAAUACCAUGAAGGCAGCGUCUCUGCUAGUUUGAGAUUAACAGGAUGUAAUUUUGCUGACAAAAAUGUAAGCUGAGUGUAUUUUAUUUAUUAAAAAAUGUGUUGUGUUGAAAUUAUGACUUUUCUACAUAAUCUAUAAUAAUAUAUUAUGUUUCUUAGAAGUCAACGCCACAUCAUGGCCACAGAAUGACAGUAGAAUUUUGCUAGCAUUGACCGUCGACACAGAUCCUCCUCAUAAGGUUCUCACACAAAUAUCCUUCGGCAUUUCACUGUACACAAUGUAAGACAAUGAUUCUCCAUUUAUAUUCAAUACAAGCUGUACAGUUAUGUUUAAAUUAGCAUUAUAAUUCUAUUUACAGAACUAAAAAUAAAUACUUAUAAUGAACGUAUUAUUGUAAACAUUCAUUAUAGUUGAAAAAAGGAGCCAAAAUACGCUUAAUGGCGGACACACAGAUGGACAUCCAGACAUACAAAAAAGGAGAUACAGACACAAAGAUGAACAAAGAGACACACAUUAUGAGAUAAUGAUACACAUGCACUCACCGUAUACACACACAUAAUAUUAUAACUACACACAGAAACACAUAAUAUUUCCCUCAAACUGUAUUUUUCUUUUUAAAUAACAAUGAUCAUUUGAUUCUUUUAUAUUUCCAGAUUUUUCCAGUGUAUAACUAACCCAAAUAACAGCAUCUGUAGCGCACAUUACCAUAACAAUUCGGUGACGGAAAUAGAAAGUUCAGAAACUCCAUCACUCAACUACACAAACAGAGGCCAGAAGUUCAGAUGUUUGCUCAAUACAAACACAUCGAUAUUAGAAUGUUUCAGGGAAAAUGAUGUCAAUGCUGGCAAAAAUCUCUUCAUGAUCAUCAAAGAAAACAAAACGGUCGAUACAGCUACAACCUACUCGCCAUUAGUGGCGUUAGAUUCUCAACAAGCCAUUGUACACAUUCUGUGCAUCGAGGAGCAUGAAAUCAGCUGCGACUGUUUCGCCGAUGUCAUUGAUGAAUAUUAUUUCACGCCAAAUCAGGGGAAUCAUACCAAUCAAGGAGUAAAGAUGAUCUCCAGCCCGGGGAUCUGGUUGACUUUUUCGGCUUUUUUCAUGUCUUUGUAUACUCUGUGAGACACGUUGUUAUGAUGUGCUGUGGUUAAGUGAUUUUUUGAACAUAGUAUUAGAGAAUGUUACAUACUAAUGCUACGUCAUGAGCUAUGAAAUGAAACUGGUUUCGGAUAGCAACAUUCACAUGUAAAAUGUUUGUACAUAACGUUAUGCUAGUUGAGCCAUGAAUGAAUCGAGAUGAUGUGAAUUGCAGACAUUGUAAUUGGUCUGAAUCUUAACCGUUUUGAAGUUGUGAUUUUCAUUUGAUUUAUAAUGGAUCUCAAUUGAUUUGUAUCCUACUUAAUCUGUGAUAAAUAAAAGUUCAAUGGGCAACGAAUGGAACUGAAAGAUCUGAUUGACAUUUUUUAUGAUAUUGAGUAAAAAUUACUCAAAUCUUUAUUUUAUUUAUUUUUUUUCAUGACUGUUUCACUGAGAUUUGAGCAUAAAAAUGCAAAAAAGUUUCUGUAUACUUGGAUUUAUAUUUUAAUGUUUUAACUUUGCUUCACAG